AUGUCGGACCGUGUCUCCGCGGCAUCGAGGGAUGUAAAUCCUAAGCUUGACGAGCACGAGCGUCGCGCUCCGCGCACGAUUUCAGUGACGAGUGACCUCGUUGGGGAUGUGGAAGUGGUUGACUACGAGUCUGACACUCCUUUUCCCGGAUGGAAUGACGAGGAAGGCGAGCCGCACCAGCGACGUGAGACGAGCCCUGAUAGCGCCUUGCGGAUUCCAUGUCUGUUUCGUGAAUUCUCGUCACCUGAGAAACGUGGUGUAAUCACCAAUGAUCUCGAUAAGGCACAGAAGCGGCAGCCGGAAGCUGCCCGUAAGGCGGCUCUGAUGCGCGCCCAUCCACGGUCGGUCAUUGACCCUCGUGUGGAAUUCGGCUUCCGCCCAGCGGAUCCCGCUGUGGAAGCGAAGGAUGUGGUAACUUGA